CCUGAAUACUCUGCGCGCAUCUUCAUUGCGCAAUUUCCGCAAGCGGUGCAGUCUGGGGUUCUGCUGCACAACACAGGGCUGGCGUAUCUGGCUAGCUAGCUGACCACUUGAAAUGGACGUGUUCUUAAUGAUCCGGCGUCACAAGACCACAAUCUUCACAGACGCCAAGGAGUCCACCACUGUCUAUGAACUGAAGCGUAUUGUUGAAGGAAUACUUAAAAGACCACCCGAAGACCAGCGGCUCUACAAAGAUGACCAGUUGCUAGAGGACAGCAAGACCCUGGGUGACUGUGGAUUCACCAACCAGACUGCCAGACCUCAAGCCCCAGCUACAGUUGGUCUGGCUUUCCGUAUAAAUGAUGAGAUGUUCGAGCAGCUGCACAUCGAGGCCUUCUCCAGCCCCCCAGAACUCCCUGAUGUGAUGAAGCCUCAGGACUCCGGUAGCACUGCCAAUGAACAGGCAGUGCAGUGAUGGCGGGCAGAGGAAGCGAGCAAUGGAGGGAAGGAUGGAAGUGGGUGUGUGUGGAUUAACUGCAGUGAAGAAGUAGCGGGGUGGAGGAUGUGUAAUAUAAUUUCAGUUGAUGGAUGGGGACAUUAAUAGGUAACCAAGCCUAUCCAUGUUACCUUCAUGCUAUCAUCUCGGCACCACCGCCCUUCCCCCAAUUUACUUCACAAAUCCUUUUUUUUUUUUUAAACUCUAUACGAUUUCCACAUCACAUGCAGUUCUGCUCCUUGAAAUUUGCUCUUAAGCACCAACUGGCUCAAACUUUUGAGUGAAGAAGUUGGUUUGGAAAGUAUGAUUGUGUACGUGUGUGUGAGUUGUUCUAAUUAUUAUCAUUAAUAUUUUGGAAAAGGUGGCGGCAUAGUCGUGUGUGUCACAGUGCUCUAGAAGUAACAUGCAUGGAUAAAGAGUCCAGUGUCUGAAUUAGCAAAACUGCAUGAACAAAUUCAAAACAAAGGCUUUAUUUUCACAGCAACAGAUAGACCCACCACUGAUAAGUUUCCUUCGUCUGAUUCUCCCAGUUUUGUUGUACAUUUCUGACUUGAUUUCAUACCAGGAAAAAACGUCUUCAUGAUAGUUAAUUUUCUUUGUUUUUGUUGUCAUUUUGUUUCAUCAGUGUGUUUUACUUGUCAGUCCUUUGUUGUGUUUCAUGCACUGAGACCAAAGGCAGGUACCUCUUGGACAGCAGAGGGAUAUUUUUUGGUCAGAGGACAUUCUGUCUGUGACAUACAGUAUAACACAGGAGGAGUGUUUUCUUGCGUUACUUUUAAAAAAUGCGUACAUCACAUGUCACCAACAUUAAUGUGGCACCUUCCCUUAGUCACACAAACAUAGCCUGUAACUGUGAGCUUGCUUAAUUAAAAGUUUUUCCUGUUUUGUUUUUUA